CAGGACCAGUUGCUCCUCACAUUUUCUUCUGACACAGUUGUGUUGAGUCACAAGCCCAGAAACAGACACCAUGGUGCACCUGACUGAUGCUGAGAAGGCCCUUGUCUCUGGCCUGUGGGGAAAGGUAGAUGUUGAUGAAAUUGGUGGAGAAUCCCUGAGCAGCCUGCUGGUUGUCUACCCUUGGACCCAGAGGUUCUUUGAACACUUUGGAGACCUGUCCUCUGCCAGUGCUGUCAUGAAUAAUGCCCAGGUGAAGGCCCAUGGCAAGAAGGUGAUACACUCCUUCGCUGAUGGCCUGAAACACCUGGACAACCUGAAGGGCACCUUUUCCAGCCUGAGUGAGCUCCACUGUGACAAGCUGCAUGUGGAUCCUGAGAACUUCAGGCUCCUGGGCAAUAUGAUCAUCAUUGCGCUGUCCCACCACCUGGGCAAGGAAUUCACCCCCUGUGCACAAGCUGCAUUUCAGAAGGUGGUGGCCGGUGUGGCCAAUGCCCUCGCUCACAAGUACCACUAAAGGCCCCCUUUCCUAUCCUUUUUCUGUGCUCAAAUUCACUUUUUCCCUAAAGAACGACUGUCACCCGUGAGAAAAAUGAUGAAGGCUUUUGGGCAUCUGUCUUCUGACUAAUAAAGGGCAUUACUUUCACUGCAA